AUGUCUUUCCUCGGCGGACUCUGUGGGUGCUUCACCCGCAACGAUGCAUCCCCGCACUCCACCCCAGAGAUGCAGACGUCCAACUCUCAAACUCGUACCCGUAACGGUGUCCAAACAGGCAGUUUCAUCCUCUCAGGUGAGGGCAACUUCAUUCGCGCUGCUGGUCCUGGCGGAAGACGCGGGAACGGCGACGGACUCGGCCCCCCAUCCGGUGGCUCGGAAGAUGGGGGCUAUGCCAGCGUGGUCCCACUUCCCCAGUAUACACCGCGGCCCAUGAGCAUCCACGAGAAGACGCUAGAAACCAACAUGCGUGAUCCGGCCAUGUCCUCGGACUCCUUUAGCUACAGCCAUGACGAGAAGAACCGUAAUCUCUACGACGAAGAGGUCGCCUCCGACAGCUCGUCGACCAUCUCAUAUCCCAGCAGCUACGGCAAUACCUCCACCGCGACCCGCGAGACUCCACCGCCGCCCUACUCUCCCCGGCAGUCAGCGGCACUGAGCCGCUCUCGGUCCAUAUCUGUCUCGUCUGCCAUGGGUAUCACUCUUAACCAGCCGCCCGUGGCUCGGGUGCAUGGCUGGCAGUCUGGAGGACCGCCAUCAGAAGCCGAUGACCGGUCUAUUCGCCGUCACCGGCGUGUCUCCUGGGAGAGCCGGUGA